AUGGCGACCAGCGUGCUCUUCCUCGCCAACAGCGAGCAUGGCCAGACCAACAUUGUCCUCGCGAUUAUGCACGAGCUCCUCGUGCGCGGUGACGUGGACAUACAUCUCGCCUCGUUCCCCGUCCUCGAGAAGCGCCUCAACAAGCUCCUCAGGGAUAACGAGCAGAGCUACGACGCGAAAUACAAACAGCGCGUGCAUUUCCACCCCGUGCGCGGGCCCUCAAAUACUGAGAUCUUUAUUCGCACCGGGAAGCGCGGCGCGUUCCAUCCUCCCGGCUACACGGGCUCUGUCCUGGGCUUCAAGUCGCUGUGCGAGGAUAUCUGGGGAUGGACUGAGGAUGAGUAUGUGGAUAUCUACGAGAGCUGUAUCGAGGUCAUCAAUGAGGUCAAGCCUUCGCUGUGUGCGAUUGAUUUCUUUUUCCUGCAGGGUCGCGAUGCGGCGUAUAACGCUGGGCAGACGAGUGUCUUGUUGAAUACAACCUCGCUCAGCCAUAUCGUGCUGGGACUGCAGAAGAACGCCGCAUGGGCGUGGAAGUACCCAAUGCCCGGGACUGGAUUCCCAUACCCCCUUCCACUACAUCUCAUCCCCCUCAACACCAUGGCUGUCAUGAAGACCGCCAAAAUGUACCACGGCAGUGGCAGACGGCGCGAGAUCCGAGACUGGCGCAUCAAGCACAAGAUCCACGGGCGCUUUCCGUUCGCUGACGGCUGGAUGCCCAAUCGCCUGCAUCUCUCGCCUGCGCUGAAGGAGCUGGACUGGCCGUUCGAUGUCCCCGACAAUGUCGUCGCAUGCGGCCCAAUUCUCCUCCCUUGUGCUCCUGUAAAAACGCAGGACUCGGAGAUGUUCACAUGGCUGCAUAAGGCGCCGACCGUCCUGAUUAAUCUGGGAACUCUUUAUGCUCCGAACCCGGCUGUUGUGCUGGAGAUGGCUGCCGGUGUCAAGUCGUUUCUUGACUCUCCCUCUGGUCAGGGCAUCCAGGUGCUAUGGAAACUCCCCAAGCAUCCUCAUGACCAGGACGAGGUCUAUAGCCAGUCGACCACACCACUGCAGAAGGAGCUAGACAGUGAUCAGGUGCGGAUUCUGUCGUGGUUCGAGGUCGAGCCGCUGGCGAUGCUGGAGACCGGUCAGAUCGUCUGCUCCGUUCACCAUGGAGGCGCGAACUCGUGGUAUGAGGCUAUACAAAAUGGAGUUCCCCAUGUCAUACUCCCAGCAUGGCAGGAUUGCUAUGAGAAUGCAGCCCGAGCCGAGUGGCUAGGCAUUGGUGUCUACGGCAACAAGACCAGGGCCCCUGAUAUCAGCGGAAAAGAGAUGAGCAAGGCUCUGAUCAAGGUUCUCGGUAACAGGGAAUCCUACCUCAAUAAGGCGGCCGAGCUGCAGAAGCUGUGCCAGAAGAAGGAGGGCCGUAUCCAGGCUGCUGAGAGGAUUGCAGACCUAGCAGCAAGGCCGGACAAGAGCAUGAUUGCUGUUCCUGAGCCAAAAGAGGAUGAUCCCAGGAUUGUCAGGAUUGAUAACGGCUCGAAGGCGACCCUGGAGACCAUCUCUUCGAGUGCAAAUACCAAGACUACCAAGUCAAUUUUCCGCCGACUCGCUGAAAUCCUGGCAGUCACCUUCAUCUCCAACAGCUGGCUUGUCCUGCCUCUCGCAGGCUACUCCCUGCUGCUCGUCCCGCAUAUCAGAAUCCUCGCCCUCCUCUACAUCAUCCACAUCAAGUUCUUCUCCAACGCACACAAAACCACCUCGCGCUCACGCAGCAAAUGGUUCCGCUCCUCUGCCCUGUGGCAGCUGCAUGCCUCAUACUUCCCCAUCAAACUCUACCGCUCCGCCCCGCUCUCCCCUCGCAGGAAAUACGUCUUUGGAGGGCACCCCCACGGCAUCGCCUGCCACGGCCUCAUCGGAGCUUUCUCCGCUGACCCUGCAGGCUUCGAGGAACUCUUCCCGGGAAUCAAGAACACCAUGCUCGUCAAGGACGCCAUGUUCACCACCCCGCUACUAAGAGAGUACCUAUUCUACCGUGGGCAGAGUGGAGUCAGCCGCGACUCUUGUAUCCAGCAUCUCACGCGCGGCGGGUACGAUCUGCGCGGGAUGGGCAAGGCCAUCACCAUCAGCGUCGGUGGGAGCCGUGAGUACCGCAUUGCGAGACCGGGCACGAUGGGCAUCGUGAUUAAAAUCCGGAAGGGAUUUAUUCGGCUUGCCGUUGAGACUGGCGCGGAUCUGGUCCCUGUGCUUGUCUUUGGGGAGAAUGAUCUGUUUGCGCCGAUGGAUAUUAACUCCUUCUCCGUGAAGGGGCUGAUUGCGUGGGCUUGGGAGAAGGCUGUUGGGCAUAAGGUUGCGUUUUCGUUGGGGAGGUUUAAUAUUUUCUGUCCGUUUAGGAGGCCGUUGAAUGUUGUUGUCGGUAGGCCGAUUCAGGUUAAGCAGCAGCGGUUUGAUAUUCAGGAUGAGUAUGUGGAGGAGCUGCAGGGGCGGUAUGUUGAUGAGUUGACGGCGAUUUGGACGAACUGGAGGGAUACUUUUGAGCCUGAUGCGUCGGUGAAGUUUGAGAUUGUUGAGUAG